AUGGACGAUGCACCCCACGCGUUAGACUCGAGUCCGUGGCCGGUAGCGCCCGAGAGCGACUCAACAUCACUACACAAUGCGAACGGAAGGGCAACGGAUAGGAUGGAGCACACAGAGAACGACAUCGAGCCUGUACUGGACAAUACAUCAGAAGACGUGACGAACAAAGACCCUCCACAACCCGGACACCCUACAACUCCCAUGAAUCUGUCGGGCGCGCUGGAGAAGCAAGCUAGGCAAGCCGAGACAAAUGAUUUUAACAAGAACGAUGCAAUCGGCGAGCCAGAAAGCGUGGAGCCGACGGUCUCGGAUGGCCAGUCGAGUCAGAGCAUGUUCAAUAACCCGCCAAAUCUUGCGAGGAUUCGAAGGGUAUUAUUUGAGUGCAGUGAUCCGAUCGAAAUCAGUCUAGAGGAGUUUGAAACAUAUUGGCCGUUCAUUGACAAUUUCUGGGUCAAGCAAAGAUCCAAUUCCAGCAAAGAGGGCCAUUGCACGACAGACUACUAUAUGUGUCGAUUAAGACGUCCGACGCAUCGCACAUCCUUGCCAGAGGGGCAACGUUCCCGAAAGAAACGCUCACGCGAAGGGGGCAUUUGCAACUUUCAGAUAAAAGUUGUACGUUUCGAGGGCGCGUAUUCGACAGUUACCAUUGCAAGAACUCGAGGAAGCAGCACCGUGCACUCGCAUGAUCUUGACUUUAUUGACCGGAUAAAACGCAAUUCGGGGCUCAUGGAAGCGGCACACAAAGAAGCUGUCAAAGGGUAUUUGCCCUCUUCCAUAUAUGCCAAGUUUCACGAGGAGCCUGAGAAGCUUCAAGAAGCAGGUGGUCGCUUCCUGACCGCAACAGAUCUACGCAAUGUUUCCGCCAAAUGGCGCAUACAAAACCCCGAGGUCAAGCUUAUUCCACAUGAAGGUUACGAGUAUCAGAAAGGACGGGGGAUUGUCAAGUCUCAGAGUUCCGAUGUCGGCCAGAGCACUGCGGCGCAACCUAUGCAAUCGAGUUCGGUUCUUACACUGCCCCAGGUGCCUCCUGAUAUGCUUCCCUUUCCCCAAUUUUCGCUGGAUUUUCUGCACCCUUACCUCCCUAGCCACUCCGAUCGGCGCGAGUUUCCGCAUGUCACGCUAUCAUACGCAUCAUCAAUGGAUUCGAAAGUCUCUCUCCGUGCAGGAAUGCAAACAGUAUUGUCGGGACCCGAGGCCAAAUUGAUGACCCAUUAUUUACGGUCGCGUCACGAUGCGAUUCUCAUAGGUGUGGGGACUGUGCUUGCAGAUAACCCUGGUCUCAACUGUCGCCUCGAAGGAUCUGGCGGCUUCGGGGGGCUUGGAAGGAUGUGGCAGCCACGUCCGGUGGUUAUUGACCCCAUGGGACGAUGGCCGCUCCAUCCCGAGUGUCGCAUGUUACGAACGGCAGUAGAGGGCAAAGGGAAGGCCCCUGGAUAG